AUGUUUUUCCACUUGAGACGGACCCUGACAGUCCCAAGAACAUUGUCACUCCUCCACAGCAAUACUAUCUCCUCAGGCCCAUUCUACUGUCGACUUCAGGCAAUGAAACGUACCGCAAGCUCGACAACAAGAAGACCUAAGACUAAGAGGCGUCGUGCUUCCAGUCCUGGUACAAAGCUGCCAGAGUACCAUUUAACACCCUCGCUGCGCGAUGAGAAGGGCGAAAUUAUCUGGCCAGCACCAAAGAGUAAGCUGGAGGCAGCAAGAAGUUUUAUUCACGAGUGUGUUUCAGCCAAGCAACGGACCCUCAUCAUUCCUGAUAAAGACGCCGAUGGGCUCACCUCCGGAGCCAUUUUGGAGCGGACCUUGGCACUGCUUGGCCUUGACCAGGAUCUAAUAUCAGUUCACACUAUCCGAAAAGGCGGUAGUAUUCACGAUGACGUGUCUCGCAAGGCCCUGGCCGCUUACAAGCCUGCUUUCAUCUUCGUCCUGGACCAAGGCUCACAACAGUCUCGUCCUCUCAUCGAGGCCCCCCAUAGAGCAAUGGUCAUCGACCACCACUACGCGGAGGAGAAAGAUCAUCCUCAAGAUGCCCUUCAUGUUACGGCCUGCAACAGUCCUCCCGUUGCGACAAGUUCACUGCUGACAUAUCUCAUCUGCCUUGACCUGCACGAACGAGUAAAAGAGACAUGCGACUGGCUCUGUGUCUUGGGCACACUUGGAGACUUGGGCAAUAGCGUCAAGUGGGAGCCGCCCUUUCCAGACAUGAAGGCGACGGUCAAGAUGUAUAAAAUACACAUAAUCUAUCAGGCAAUCUCGCUCAUCAAUGCUCCCCGCCGGACCGCAUCUUGCAAUAUCUCGGCUGCAUGGAAGGCCCUGAGGGCUGCCUCCUCCCCGAAAGAGCUCCUCAGCGACAAAAAUCUACUCGCAGCCAGAGCGGAAGUAGAUGCAGAACUUAGGCGAUGCAGCAAAAGUACUACGCCCAGAUUCUCUGCUUGCGGGAGAGUAGCCGUCCUUUACAUCAGCUCGGCAGCCCAGGUUCACCCCCUCAUCGCCUCGCGGUGGGCUGGUCAUCUAUCUUCCGACAAGCUGGAAGUCGUCCUGGUCGCUAAUGAAGGAUACUCACCUGGCAUGGUCAGCUUUUCCUGUCGCGUUCCAAAAUGUGCUAGGGGCCGAGACCCGCCAGUCAACAUCAUUGAGUUUCUUCUUGAAACCGCCGGCCGUGCGGCCGAUCCGACACUCAGAGAACGACUGGGGGAGUCCUUUGCUCGCGGACAUACAGUGGCUAGCGGAGGAAAAGUACCCAAGGCCGAGUUUGAAGAGCUCAUGGAAGUGUUGCAGCUGGAAGAAAGUUAA